AUGUCUUUUGUUGGCUCCCACACUGGAAGCGUUGUUUAUCCCAGCUCUGCUCCCUCGAGCGUUGUUUAUCCUGGUUCUUCCGCUUCAGGUGUCGUCUAUUCCGGUUCUGUCCCGGGCGUCGCCUAUUCCGGCUCUCCUGCCUCGGGUGUCGUUUACCCUAGUUCCACUUAUACAUCGUCUUCUUAUGGACAUGUACACCAUGCUCCAGCCCCUGGGUCAUACUACAGCCAACAUGGUUAUCCUUCGCACAAUUCUGUACCGAUGCAGGUACCGAUGCAGCACAAUUUCUACGGUGCUCCCCCAGUAGCGAUGCCGUCCUACGUUGCUCCUAUGCCAGCAUAUCAUCGUAGUUCCUACAGUGUUCCUUACAGCUACGGCUCCCCUUACGCUGGAUACAGUCGUCCAGCAGGCACCACCGCCGGUCGUCUAGCAGUAGCAGACACAGGAGAUAUUAUUACUAAGGCAGGAGAGAUAAUUGUAUCAGAAAAGAAUCAGUUUCUCGUCACAAAGUAG